CCGGGAGGACGUUCCGCUGUGUCCGAUGUCGAGAUUCCGAUUUAUACUGGUAUAGCGCGAGAAAACUUCCUCUGCUCCGUGAAAGUGCCCACAGAUAACAGCCGUCAGAGAGUCUUCAACUCGACUGCCAUGUUCCUCACUGAUGUGUAGUAGUUGGAUGCCUUCACUGGUCCUGGAGGUCUCUCCUGUGAUUCCCGUUAUGCAGCCGAGAUGUGUAAAAAAUGAAGAAUCAGGAGAUGGGAAUGUUGAGUCAUCACCGGAGCCAGCUGCAGCUUGUUGUCGAUUUACUACAGAUGAAAGAGAAAGAACUUCUACUUAUAAAUAUUUAUAACAGAGUAGUUUAUAGCACGCAUGGUGCAUGGAGUAGCAUGGAGUGCAUGGAGCGCAGAGCUUUAAGGGGCGCAAGAAGCUCCCCCUUUAGCUCCAUGCUACUCCAUGUGAUCCAUGCACUCCAUGCCAUGCGAGCUGUGAAGCCUUAUAAACUGCUCUAUUAUAAAUAUCCAAAAAUAUUCAAACUCAUUACAUCCCAGAUGGGCUCAUGUCCAGCCUCAGCCACUCAGAUUGAAAUACUACAAGUACUUCCCCUGUUGCAAUGUUGGAUCCCUGCAUGAUUGGAGUUCACGACCUCCUAGCCCCCGUUCUUUGUUAAAAAGAUUCCCAGCAACAUUAGGAUUCUCUUUCGAUUGUCAUCAUUCUCAUCGGCUGUUGUAUCCUAGAAAAUCAUUUGUUGGUCCUCCUGUUCGUUACCUGCAUCAUGUGCAUUGGUACAACUAAUAAGAAAAAAAUAGAUAAGUUGUUGUAUUUACAGGAGGAGCAGUUGAAUUAUCAUGAACUGAUGUCAAUGUCUUGUCUUUGACUUUAUGUAAUGAUAUCUUCAUCACGGGGGGGAACUACAUGUUCAGUUUCUAUAAACAGUCUCAAGUAGUUGUGUAGAUGCGUAAUUUUUUAUUUCUUCACGUCCAACUGGGGAGAGCGGGUCUACGCCAAUCAUAUCAACACCUUUCAUAAUUUCUUCGCUGUAUUUCUAUUUGAAAUGAUAUUCUAGCAUUGGAAGAUCUUGUUGGUAAUACCUCUAUAUUUUGGACUUCGAGGCAAAGGCAUCGAGGACCCGCUUGUCAGGCAUUCCGAGUAUUAAAUAUGAACUGAAGUUCUCUUUUCGUCUUCUGAUGAAAAGAGAACUUCUAGAACAUAAGUAGUGCGAAAGUCAGUGUAGAAGUAGAUCAAAAAAGUAAGUAUGAUCUAGACCUUUCGGUUUUGUUUUUGUUGAUCGCUCUUGGGUAUCUAUUUGUUCCUCACGCUCACCUGGUGCGCGCAGCGCGCUCCCCGAGCUAGUAUUGCUGAAGCGCACACUCACCCUCACGCUCCUGUCCGAUGCCAAUUCUGC